GCCUGUGUCAUCAGUCGCGCAUCCCCCGAAUGUGCGAUAUGCUAAAUAUUUCUCACUGGUGAGACAAGACUCCGGCUUCGCUAUCUGGAGUUAAAAAUAAGAAAUAGUCCACAUUCGUAUGCUUCGUAGAGUAGCUGUUGGCGUUUCGUUUGUUUAUUAACAAUUUUGGGGCAGUAAUACAUCAACUGUCCACAUGAAAGCGAAAGGACAUCAUUUUUGUGAGUAGGCCUAUCGUCGGAAUUGACUGUCAGAGCCGAGCUACUUGCAGAGCUUGAACAACGGAACAGCACCUGUGCGGAAAUACAGUCUGGAACGUUAUCCAUUGCCGUGGAACUUUGUGAUACAUUGAAAGGGUUCUUUGUUACUUUCUAUCCGAAAAUUGGUUACAAAGUGUCUUUGAUCAAUCCUUUUUUGAUGGAAGCAUCGCGGAACUGAAGAGGCUUUGGCGGCUGUCCAUGAUCUCCAAUGCUAGACUGAAACCUAACCGGAGAUCAUGCUAUUUUUGAUCAUCAUGCUAUGAGUGAUAUUUAAAAAGUCUGGUUUCUACUCUGAACAUUCCAUGAGAAAAAUCUAGUUUGUGUUAUAAAUAUUGCUUUAUUGACAUUUGACAAACAAUUGCAGAAAGAUGAGUUCGAUUUCUCGAAAAUUGCAUACAGUCGCCGACGCUUAGACUUAAUUUAGCCGUUUAAUAACGGGAAUCUAGGCUACAUUUCAACUCCACACAAACCGAAGACAAGGACAAAACCACGAGAAAUUUGUUUUGAUUUCGUUGCAUUGGUUUCCUCUUGGGUCGUCUUUUAUUUUGGUCUCUGCAUGAAAAGUCAAGCGGAAAGUCUAGCAGCAGCAUGCCGAGGAGAAAGCAGCAAGCGCCAAGGCGGUCCGUAGCUUACGGGGACGAGGAGGAAUUCAAGGCGGAUGAAAAGAUCGAUGAGGAGCACCUGCAGGAUGACGGCCUCUCCUUAGAUGGCCAGGAUGGCGAGUACCUCGGCAACGAGGAUGAUGACGUUGGGGACCGAUUCAGCUUCCAGAACUCACCGCUCAGCAAUGGCACCAACCCAGACGCUGGCUACGCCUCUCCGCUCAGUGAUACCAGCGACCAGCUUAUCGACUUCCAGAGCCCUAACCCUAACCCUACCAAGGACACACGGGACAAAGAGGUGGAGGAAGAAAUCCGAGAAGUAGAACACCUGGAGGCUCCUAACAGUUUAUCUCUGCAGGACAGCCUGGCACAGAUGAAAGCCGUCUAUGCAAACCUGAUCUCAGACGCCUCGUGGUCCAGCAUUACCAUGGACAUGCUGAGAAGUAACGGCAGCAGUAACAAGGUCAGCACUGUGACCAGCAACAGCAAUGGCAGCAGCCACAAGGGAAGCAACGGUAUCCCCAACGGUCAUGCUAACAGCCUUGUGAACACUAAUAACCACACCAGUAGCGGCAGCAGCAGUGGCACCUCUGCCGCUACCAACACUGGCACCAACACUACCACAACAAGCAUCGCUAACACUACCAACAAUUGCACUGGUGGAGUGGCCUACGACUGGCACCAAGCAGCUUUGGCCAAAACCCUGCAGCAUACACCAUACCACCUUCUCCCAGAGCCGAGUCUCUUUAGCACUGUGCAGCUGUACCGGCAGAACAACAAGCUCUAUGGCCCUGUGUUCACCGGGGCCAGCAAGUUCCGGUGUAAGGACUGCAGCGGGGCCUACGACACGCUGGUGGGACUCACAGUGCACAUGAACGAGUCGGGCCACUACCGCGACGACAACAAGGACAAAGAGGAGGAGCGGGGAAAGAGGUGGGCCAAGCCCCGCAAGCGCUCUCUCAUGGAGAUGGAAGGCAAGGAGGACGCUCAGAAGGUGCUGAAGUGCAUGUACUGUGGCCACUCCUUUGAAUCCCUACAGGACCUGAGCGUCCACAUGAUCAAAACAAAACACUACCAGAAAGUGCCUCUCAAAGAACCUAUGCCAGCCCUCACCUCGAAGCUGGUGCCCCCAACCAAAAAAAGAGCAUAUCAAGACUUGGUGUCCCCUUGCUCACCAGAGUCUGUUCACAACACAACUGUCAACCUGGGGGAGAACCCCAAAGACCAGAAAGUGGUUAACCCAUACGUCACAGCGAAUAACCGCUACGGCUACCAAAAUGGCGCUAGUUACACCUGGCAGUUUGAGGCACGCAAGGCCCAGAUCCUCAAAUGCAUGGAGUGUGGGAGUUCCCAUGACACCUUGCAACAACUGACAGCCCACAUGAUGGUCACAGGACACUUUCUGAAAGUUACCAAUUCAGCAUCCAAAAAGGGCAAGCAGUUGGUGUUUGACCACGUGGUUGAGGAAAAAAUACAGUCUAUUCCUCUACCGCCAACAUCUACCCGACUCCCUGUGCCCAAUGUGAAGUCACAGCCCGAUUCCCCACCCCGGCACUCCUUCCCUACUGAAGAGAAAAGGGAGGAACGUGACGAGGAUAAAAUGGAGACAAGUCAACCAGAGAAGAAGAUCAAAGAGGAGAAAGAGGAUCCAACUGAGAAAAGUGAGAAAGCUGGCAAGGCUGGACAUUGCAAGUAUCUCACAGAGGAAGACCUAGAAGAGACUCCCAAAGGAGGUCUGGAUAUCCUCAAGUCCUUAGAAAAUACUGUAUCAAGUGCAAUCAGCAAGGCCCAGACUGGCACGCCCACCUGGGGUGGUGCUGGCUACCCCAGCAUUCAUGCUGCCUACCAGCUCCAGGGAUCUCUGAAGCAGAGUGUCCAGGUGGUUCAACCGUUGUUCAGUACUAGCAGCUUGAAGGUGAUGUCCUCGGACUCCAGCAAUCUAAUCCACUCUCCGAGCAGCCCUUCCCCACCCCUAAGCCACAAGAGCAAUGUGAUGGCCAUGGAGGAGCUGGUGGAAAAGGUCACAGGGAAAGUCUCUGUGAAGAAGGAAAAGGAAGAGAAGACCUCAGAAAAUAAAUGCAAAGUGAGGUCUGCUAAGUCACCCUCCCCGCUGUCAAAGGAGAGGAAGGGUUCACCCAGGCCAGAUAGCCUCAACAAGCCGGUGAAGAAUAUUGCCGUAGAGGAUCAGAGCGAGUCCAGAAAACAGGGCGAGACAAAACAGAGAUCGGAUCCGGUAACAAAGAACAGAACAGAUGUGCCAAAAACAGUCAGCAACGGCUGUAACAGCUUGGGAAUUAUAACUGAUCACUCGCCUGAGCAGCCUUUUGUCAACCCCCUUAGUGCCCUACAGUCUAUAAUGAACAAUCAUUUGGGGAAGGCUUCAAAGACGGUCACUCCGUUUCUUGACCCCCUGGCGAUGCUUUACAAGAUCAGUAACAACAUGAUGGAAAAGCCAGUAAACAACUCCACACAGGUCAAACAGGCUGAGUCAAUCAAUAAAUUCUAUGACAAUGAUGACCAGCCCAUGGACUUGACCAAAUCCAAAACCACAAAUGGACGUACUGCUAAUAGCGCCCCCACUAACGGACGUGCUGUUAACAGCACGUCCACGACACAGAACAACCCUACCAACUGUAAUAACAAUAACAGCAACAGGCCCAUUCUCUCAACUUUGUCGGAGUCUCUCUCAUCUCCUUUACGGGAAAAUGCUUUGAUGGACAUUUCCGACAUGGUUAAGAACCUUACUGGCCGCUUGACCCCCAAAUCCUCCACCCCUUCCUCCAUCUCGGAGAAAUCUGAUGCAGACAACAGUGGCUUCGAGGAUGGCUUAGAGGAGCUCUCUACAGUCCAGAAACAGAAAGGACGACAGUCCAACUGGAAUCCCCAGCAUCUUCUCAUCCUCCAGGCCCAGUUUACCUCCUGUCUCCGGGAGAUGUCUGAUGGCAAGUUCGUCAUUACUGACCUAGGCCCUCAGGAGCGGGUCCACAUCUGCAAGUUCACCGGUCUAUCCAUGACCACCAUUUCACACUGGCUGGCCAAUGUCAAAUAUCAGCUGAGGCGGACGGGCGGGACAAAAUUCCUGAAAAACAUUGACUCAGGCCAACCACUGUUUUUGUGCAGUGACUGUGCCUCUCAGUUUAGGACUCCUUCUUCUUACAUAACUCAUUUAGAGUCCCACUUAGGCUUUAGUAUGAAGGACCUCGCCAAGCUUUCCAUAGAUCUCCUUAGGGAGCAGCAGGCAGUUACAAGAAUGAUAACGGACAAGACUUUCAGUUCUCUCGGUCUUACUGAGGAAGACUCAGGCUCUGUAUUUCAGUGCAAGUUAUGCAAUCGGACCUUUGUCAGCAAGCAUGCGGUCAAGCUGCACCUUAGCAAAACGCAUGGCAAGUCACCUGACGACCACCUCAUCUUUGUCACUGAACUAGAAAAAUUUGAUAAAGCCUAAAUGAAGUGGACAAAGCUGAUGGCAUGACUGAUUACUGAAUUGUUGCACUAUAUCUCAAUACUGCACUGCAUCUUAAAUGAGCCUUUGGAAUCAGUCUGAAUCAGAACUGUUGUCAUAAAACUAGUUCUGAUUUGGAUUUCAGUUUUCAGUUAUUUUUCAAACCACAUUUUCCAGAUUAUUUAUAUGAUCUUUAGGAUCUUUUGUCUGUGCAUGUUUUUCUGAGAAAUAAUUAAAUCAACAAAAAGAAAAAUUGACCAAAAAAAAGUCAAUGAAAAAAAGAUUUAUAUGAAGGUGUUUAGUUGUUUGCGACUUAUAUCAUAUUGAAAACAUACACUUUAAAAGAAGAAAAAAGAAGAAGGAUUUUUGCACUUUGCAUAUGUGCAUUUGGUUACUAUGAAGAGGUGCACAUUAGGUUUAUUGGGAUAAACUCCAUGGCACAAUUACAUUGAAACAUUUAAGUUCUCACUCCUAUUGAUCACCUCAACAUUGCAUAUCGAAGAGAAAAAGGUUGAUAUUUAAGCAUAAUGGCAAACUACAGAAAGAACAGAAUACUCAUGAAUAUGUUUAGCUUGUCUCUAUCAAAUAUUAUUUAACAGUGGAUAUUGACAUAAUUGCUUUGAUACCAGUUUUAUUUUUAUUACUGUGUGCAGCUUCAGUUUGAACUUGUAAAUGAAGUUUAAAAACUGAUAGAUAUGUGAAUUAUCAGUAAGUACGUGUAAAUGUAUGUCGUCAUAUCUUGCUAUUUGCAGCAGCUCAACAUUCUUGGUACUGUGUGCAUUUUUAUAUUGCAUUUUUAUAGAAAAAUAUGAAAAAAAUACAUAUACAGUGAACUAUGUAUAGGUAUAAAUAUAUGCAGUAUAUAUAAAGUGUAUAUACUGUAGAGCCACAAAAUGUCCUUUUUUCAAUGAAAAGUAGGUCCUUCAGUGGGGUUAAUAUGAUUAAAUAGAAUUAUACGGGCAUCUCUUCUGAUGCAUGGAACUGUAUGUCAAAAUAAACAAGCAAUGCACAAGAAAUGAUACAUUUCAAUGUUUUAUCAUUAAAACUGUGUAAAUUCUAUCCUCUGAAUCAUUAAAGUAUUGUUUUUUUCUGCAAUUGUAAAAUAAAAUCUAAA